UUGUUACAAGGAAGCCGGAUUGGAUGCCUGCGUGGCCAAUACCAAGCACCCGCAAUGGGGUAAUAAGGCCUCUUCUUCUUCACCGCAGAUCCUCCGGUUCUGUUCUUCCAGAUCUUUGGUCUGCGUCGUCAUUUUUUCCGGCAUUGUUUUCUUCUACAUGUUCACAUUCACCGUAUCCCCUUUCUCCUGCUCCAAUAACCCCAUCAUCCACAGUUCGGAUUCCGAAGAAUCCUCCGCAAUCAUACGCAUUUCCACCUUUAACUCUUCUAGAUCGUCCAUGUCUUCUUCUUCACCUCCUCUUCCUAGUCAUCUUCCACCUCCGGCGUCGCCUGCGACCAUGCUGCGGCACAUUGUGUUCGGCAUCGCGGCGUCGAAGAAUUUUUGGGAGAGUCGAAAGGAGUACAUCAAGAUCUGGUGGCAGCCGCGCAAGAUGCGUGGAUUCGUCUGGCUCGAUGAGCCUGUAAACGAGCCGAGAUCCUCUGCUUCAUCCCUCCCGAUCAUCAAAAUCUCCGCUAAUACCUCCAACUUCCCCUACACCCACAAGCACGGCUCCCGCUCCGCCCUCCGCAUCUCCCGAAUAGUCGCCGAGACCGUCCGCCUAAACCUUGCUGACGUUCGGUGGUUCGUAAUGGGCGACGACGACACCGUCUUCAUCCCCGACAACCUCAUCCGCGUGCUCAACAAGUUGGACCAUCGUCAACCCUACUACAUCGGCUCUCAAUCCGAAAGCCAUUUACAGAACAUCAUCUUCUCUUACGCGAUGGCAUACGGCGGCGGUGGAUUCGCCAUCAGCCGCCCCCUUGCAAUCUCCCUCGCUCAGAUGCAGGAUAGAUGCAUCCACCGCUAUCCUGCUCUCUACGGCAGCGACGAUCGCAUCCAAGCCUGUAUGGCGGAGCUGGGCGUCCCCCUUACUCGCCACCCGGGCUUCCACCAAUUCGACGUCUACGGCGAUCUGCUCGGCCUUCUAGCCGCCCAUCCCAUCGCACCUCUCGUCACUCUCCACCACCUCGACCUCGUCGACGCUAUCUUCCCCAAUUCUCAAUCCCGCGCCGAGGCGAUCAACCGGCUAUUCGACGGGCCAGUCCGGCUCGACUCUGCGGGUGUAAUGCAGCAGUCUAUUUGCUACGAUGUGAAGCGGCAUUGGACGCUGUCGGUGUCUUGGGGGUUUGUUGUACAGGUGGUGAGGGGAGUAAUGUCGCCGCGGGAGAUGGAGAGGCCGGCGAGGACUUUUCUGAAUUGGUAUCGCAGGGCGGAUUACAAAGCAUAUGCGUUCAAUACUCGACCGGUUGCGAGGAAUCCAUGUCAAAAGCCAUUUCUGUACUACCUCUCAUCGUCAUCGUUUACUAACUCCAGCGGCAUGACCGUUACCCGAUACAGUCGGUACAUGGAGCAGCCGCAUCCGAUCUGCCGGUGGAAAUUGCCGGACCCCGCCGUGCUUGUCAACGAGGUCGUCGUCUUCAAGAAACCAGACCCCGCUCUCUGGAACAGGGCGCCAAGGCGAAACUGUUGCAGAGUUAUCUCGUCUUCCAAGGCGGGGAACAAGAAGGCCAUGACGCUCGAGGUGGGCGUCUGCCGUGAUGGAGAGAUUGCUGGGGCGCGGUAGACCUUAUAACCUUAAUUCUCCCAAGAUUACUUUGAUAUUUUUGUGCCUAACUUUAACGUCUUUCCCCCCUCUCUGAAGUGUUUCUUCAUCAAAUGGUGGAGAAAUUGAGCAAAGAUUUGCUGAUGUUAGA